AAGUGGAAGAUCACAGAGUAUUAUUCAAUGGACGCGAUCGUGGUUGUUUCUGAGUGCAAGAACGCUGCUGGAGAACAAUUCAAGAAUGGCGUGCACGAGAAGCACAACGCUGUUAAUGAAGGCAGUGAGACUGCCACUGCCACCGUUACAGCUGAGCCCCAGUUUUAUCUCAGGAAGGAUCACCAAAUUCAUGUUUCCAGUAGCAAGAAACCCCUCAUCUUUUACAUCAAUCUUGCCAAGAAAUUCCUGAAUCAGUAUAACAUCGUUGAGCUCUCUGCACUGGGCACAGCUAUUACGACGCUUAUAAUCAUCUCUGAGAACUUGAAACGCAAUGGUUUGGCUAUUGAGAAAAAUGUCGCUAUAUCUACUGUUGCCUCUAAGGGAGACCAAAGAGGCCGGCUGCUUCACAAGGCCAAGAUUGAGAUUCUGCUGGUAAAAGCUGGACAAAUGGACCAAAUUAAUGGUGCUACAACGACUAAAAAAGACGCUAACAAGAAGGCCAUAACAGAGUAGGGCCACGGAGCUUCAUUUUCUUGUCUUUCACCAUUUACAUUGUUGGAUAGAUAUACAACUGAGUAGCUGAUAAGGAAAUCACAAUUAAUGAUUCUGCCAUCCUAAUCAUGAAGAGAUACGGUAACCUUCUGCUUGGAGCAUAAGCAACUGGAUUCUACCACCACAGUAAUCAGCACAUGUUCCUUUUGUAUGAUUGUUUCGUUUUUGUGACCUAAUGAGGGGCAAUUCGUUUCUGCUACUCAUUGUAAAUGUACUUCCAUUUUAUCCAUGUAAGAAGUGUUCCUUGUUUCUUAUAGAUACAGUUUUCGUAUUUCUGCCAUAUGAUGGAAUAUAUUUUAGAAGGAUCAGACCUUUCUCUCUUUCUCCGGGUCACUCUCAUGCACAUUCAAGUUAAAGGUUCUUUAAACAUUAGGUUGUAUCCGCAGAAGAGUACAUCCCAAAUCCCAUAGACAAUACACAGCCAUUAC